AUGGUGGCACCACCUUCCACCUUCCAUGGUGCCACCACCAUCAACUUCUACCUGCGCCUCAAGGGAGUUUUGGGGGAUUUUGGGCUCCUGGCCAGGAAGGUCCUGGCAGGGAGCGACGGCAAAAAGGCUCCCUGGGGCCGGCGGGGGCUGGAAGCGUUUCGGGGCCGAGCUCCGGGGGUCGUCGCUGCUCCUGCGGCGCGACCCCCCCGAGGGCCCCGCGGAGGUUUUGGGGCUCCCGCACGCGCUGGCGCAGCCGCAGCCGCAGUACGGCAAGAGGCCGCACGUGUUCCUGCUGCGCUGCGCCGACCGCCGCCUCUUCCUCUGCCAGGCCCCGAGCGCGGCCGAGCUCUCCCAGUGGGUGUUCGGGAUCAACGUGGCCGCGGCGCUGUCGUCGGCGCCGCCGCUGCCCGCGGCCGUCGGCUCCGGCGCCGCUUCGUGCGCCCAACGCUGCCCUCGGCGCCCAGCCGCUGCCCCCCGGAGCAGCAGCUGUGCCAGCUGCGCCGCUGGCUGGGGACAGUGACGUGCCAGCUCCUGGAGCACCAGCGGCUCCGGCCCGAGGGACGCGCCCGCGAGCAGCAGGAGCAGCGCGAGCACGGGGAGUUCCUCGCCGAGGAGCGCCGCCGCUGCCUCACCUACGUGCGGGCGCUGUCGACGUGGCUGCGCGGUGACACCGGUGACGCCGGUGACGUCGGUGACGUCGGUGACCUCCCGGCCUGGGGGACAGCGGGGAGCUCGGGGACAUCCCGGAGUGUCCCCCUGUGCCCCGUGGGGACAGCCCGGAGCGUGCCCCUGUCCCCGCGCCGCUCACCAAGUGCCACUCCAGCCCCUCGCUGGCACCGGAGCCGCCGCCGGGCCGCGUGCGGCGCCACAUCUCGGAGCGCCGGGCCACGCGCGUCAUUGUCCCCAAACGUCACCGGGACCGCCUGUGACUGUCCCCAAUGUCCCCAGUGUCCCCAAUGUCCCCAAUGUCACAUCUCGGAGCGCCGGGCCACGCGCGUCAUUGUCCCCAAACGUCACCGGGACCGCCUGUGACUGUCCCCAAUGUCCCCAGUGUCCCCAAUUGCCACCAGGACCGCCUGUGCCACCCCCGUGGGGACCCUGCCACAGGGACACCCCAAAGUGCCACCCCCAGUGACAAGGGACAGUCCCAAUGUCCCCUCUGUGCCACAAGGGACACCCCAAAGUGCCACCCCAGUGACAAGGGACAGUCCCAAUGUCCCCUCUGUGCCACAAGGGACACCCCAAAGUGCCACCCCCAGUGACAAGGGACAAUCCCAAUGUCCCCCCCAAUGUCCCCAAAGCUGUCCCCAAUGUCCCACCCCAGUGUCCCCACCCCAGUGUCCCCUCGAUGUCCCCAGUGUCCCCUCCCCCCCUCACGGUACGAGGUUUUUUUUUGGGGGGGUUCCGCUCUGAGCCCCCCCGGGAUUGGGAACAACUCAGGGAAAUCCCAAACAUCCAAAAAAAUCCCCCAGAAGUCCCCAAAUUCCCAGAACUCCAAAAAUUCCCUAAAAAUCGCCCCAAAAAUCCAUAAAUUCCCCAAAAAUCCCCGAAAAAAUCCCAAAAAUCCCAUUCCCAAAAAUCCCAAAAAUCCCAUCCCCAAAAAUCCAAAAUUUCCAAAA